AUGCUUAUAUGGACACUACUCUUCUCUGCAGUGGCCCAGCAGGCUGCUCUUCUUGACAUAUAUUUGCGAGGCCAAAAGGCAUAUGGGGACAUCGCUGCGGCCGCAAGUGAGCACAACUGCAUAGCAGAGGUGAGCAAGGAUAUGGUCCCCAUGUGCAAGAAAAUCCUACUCCAGUCGGACCACGAAGCAGAAGGCGAGACCAUUCAAAGAAUUCUUGCACUGCGAUUGACAAACUGCUACCUCGAGAUGGCAGGAAUGUCUCCAAUAAACUGCUCUGUGACUGGCUGGAAAGGCACUAUUUUGGGAAGCUUCGGGGUAUCUAAGGCAAAGAGUGUGAGUCGGGCCAUGGCAGAAUGCCUCAAAAGGAUUGGUGAGCAGAACUCUGGUGCUGCCUUUCAGGUGUUUGUACAGCAGCUAGGGCGCGUCUUUGAUAUUUGCAUGUAUCUAGAUGCGAAAGACUUCCAGCGACAGUCAGCCGAGGCGGCAGAAACCCUCCUUAGGUCAUCCAAGGACGCGUCUGCUUUGAUAACAUCGGUUCUCGGAACCGUCCAAGGCAGUUAUGAAAUUCUUGAGGGGUAUGUCCGUCUGCUUGACACUCUAUCCAAAAAUCUUACCCGCGUUGAGACUACUGCCCGAGAAGAUCAAGACCACAUACUACGCUCUUUAAUGGCGAUUCGUCUGAGCAUGCAAGAUGGCGAGAAAGAGCUCAACGACCUAAUGCUGCAUACUGCAUCGCUCCAAGAGCAGGUCUUGCACAAGGUUGACUACUCCGUCACGACUCUCUAUUCUCGUUUAGACACCAUCAAUGACCAGCUUGAAGUUCUUGGAGAAGGAGCCAAGCAACUCACAGACAACGUGAGUGCAAUUUCCCAGAGGCUAGAAACGGUAAGCAAUGACACAGAUGCAUUGUCAGAGAAAUUCCAGCAUCUAUCGGAGGCUGUAGAUGAGAGCAGAAAGGUGAUUGAGGCUAACCAAGAAGCUAGCAGAGAUAUCAUGGUCAAUACGCGAUUAGCAAUGGAAUCUAUAGAGCAGCAGGCCAAGAAGCAGGCAAAAACACUAUCUAACAUAAAUAGUGCAGUAGGCAGCAUUAGCAGUGGAUUAGGAGGUGAUGGCUCCUCAGAGUCAUCUUGGAAAAGAGUAGGGCCAUUGCAACUGCUAUGGAAGCUAGAAAGAGCUGCUCCCGGUGGAAUCCUUUGGUAUCUUGCACUGCACAUAUGUGCACAGACGCUGAUUAAGCUAGGAGCCAGCGGGAGACAUGCUGUAUCAGUAAAGCGUGUUGCUCUUCUGGUCGUUCUCCUUUCAUACGGUGCAGAACUCCUGAUAAACACGACACUGAACAAGAUCCUGACGGCCAUAUGGCUUUACGGUUGUGCACCGUUCAUAGCUUUGUUCGGGCGGGUUGCCGAGUGGUUUCGAAUCCGUCGCAUUCGGAGAUUUCUUUUUCUAAGCUGCGAAGGCAAUGAGCCUUGCCUGCGGUCCUACGAGUCACAGGUUCGCAUCACUCCCGGAAUGGGAUAUAAAGAAAUAUUCUAUGGCUACAUGUAUGGUUUGUGGGAAUCUGACUAUGUGGACGUACUGAGUGCUACGUCCCUGCACAGUAAGUUUGGGUGCUCUAGUGAGACUCACGACUGCUUUUUACAGUACGCCCACGAUGUGACCAAGUUCAGCAUCAGUUCAGGAGCUGUUUCUACCGUUGUACGGCUAGUAUCAUCCGCAGGUCUUGCGCUUUAUGUCCUUACAGCGGUGCUUAAUAUACCACGUCUGCGCUUUCCCUUCGAGAAUAUAUACACAAGCUUUAUACAGGAAAGAGAUGCAAUUGGUGAACCAGCCGCCGGAUUACAGCGUCAAAACUUUCGCAUUAAUGAAGAGACUCUCCGAUUGUCUACCUUGGAAAGUCAGCGCCGCACAGAACCGGGAGUUUCCGACCACUCUGUAGUAGCCGCCAAGAAGGGAAAUGUACGUGCUGCACGAAGAGAGUACACUCUUGCACACAAAAAGCGUUCCAGAGCGAGCUCGGUCUCUCUGUAA